GCAGCUGACUGACACCGGAGUGUUUGUAAGGUAAACACACCCUCAAUCCCGGAGUCUGUCUGUGCAAGAAACACCCUCAAUCCCGGAGUCUGUGCAAAACAACCUCAAUCCAGGAGUCUGUCUGUGCAAGAAACGCCCUCAAUCCCGGAGUCUGUCUGUGCAAGAAACACCCUCAAUCCCGGAGUCUGUCUGUGCAAGAAACACCCUCAAUCCCGGAGUCUGUGCAAGAAACACCCUCAAUCCCGGAGUCUGUGCAAGAAACACCCUCAAUCCCGGAGUCUGUGCAAAACAACCUCAAUCCAGGAGUCUGUACAAAAAAGAACCUCAAUCCCGGAGUCUGUCUGUGCAAGAAACGCCCUCAAUCCCGGAGUCUGUCUGUGCAAGAAACACCCUCAAUCCCGGAGUCUGUGCAAAACAACCUCAAUCCAGGAGUCUGUACAAAAAAGAACCUCAAUCCCGGAGUCUGUACAAAAAAGAACCUCAAUCCCGGAGUCUGUCUGUGCAAAACACCCUUACUCCCGGAAUCUGUACAAAAAACACCCUCAAUCCCGGAGUCUGCGAACUACAGCCAUUUCGCCUUUCCCAAGAUGCAGACCCCAGGCCAGAAACGGGGUGGCCGCUCCAACACCACCACCCCCCUGAGCCCCACCAAGAUCAGCCGCCUCCAGGAGAAGGAGGACCUGCAGAACCUCAACGACCGGCUGGCCGUCUACAUCGAGAAGGUCCGCUCGCUGGAGUGCGAGAAUGCCGGCUUGCGCCUGCGCAUCACGGAGUCCGAGGAGGUGACCAGCCGCGAGGUGGUCAACAUCAAGGCCAUGUAUGAGAACGAGCUGGCCGACGCCCGCAAGACCCUGGACAAUGUGGCCAAGGAGAAGGCCCGGAUGCAGCUGGACUUGGGCAAGUUGCGCGAGGACUUCAAUGAGUUGAAGAACCGGAACGCCAAGAAGGAACUGGAGCUCAGUGCAGCCCUGGCCCGUCUCCGUGAUCUGGAGGCAAACCUUAACUCAAAGGAUGCAGCGCUGUCCACCGCACUGAGUGAGAAGAGGAACAUCGAGAAUGAACUCCGAGAGCUGCGAGGACAGGUCGCAAAGUUGGAAUUGGCUCUGAACGAUGCUAAGAAGCAGCUUCAUGAUGAGAUGCUGCGGAGGGUGGAGAGUGAGAAUCGAGCACAGACCCUGCAGGAGGAGCUCGACUUCCAGAGGAACCUGUACGAUGAGGAAAUCCGUGAGACCAAGCGCCGGCACGAGUCGCGAUUGGUCGAGAUUGACUCUGGCCGUCAGCACGAGUACGAGAGCAAACUUGCCGAGGCUCUCCAGGACUUGAGGUCCCAGCAUGAGGAACAAGUUCGACUCUACAAGGAGGAGCUGGAGAAAACCUACAAUUCCAAGUUGCAGAAUGCGAAGCUAUCGGCCGAGAGGAACAGCAACCUGAUAGGGGCAGCUCAUGAGGAGCUGUCAUCCACCCGGCUGCGACUGGACACCUUGUCGUCCCAGGUCAAGCAACUGCAGAACCAGAUCGCUGUGAAGGAAGCCAAGAUCCAGGAGCUAGAGGCAGCUUUGCAGCGUGAGCGAGACACCAGCCGACGCAUGCUGAAUGACAAGGACCGGGAGAUGGCAGAGCUGCAGAGGCGAAUGCAGAUUCAGCUGGACGAGUACCAGGAGCUGCUCGAUGUCAAGCUGGCCCUGGACAUGGAGAUCAAUGCCUACAGGAAGAUGUUGGAGGGCGAGGAGGAGAGGUUGAGACUGUCUCCGAGUCCCCCUCCGCAGGUCACUGUGUCCCGGACCAGUACCAGCCGCAGCGUCCACACCUCCCAGUCAGCUCAUGGGAAGAAGCGGAGACUGGACGAGCUGGAGAGUGAAGCCUCGAGCAGCAGUAACACCAGCCUGUCCCAGCACGCCACCUCCAAAGGCCGUGUGACUGUCGAGUGCAUCGAUCUGGAUGGCAAGUUCGUCCGACUGAAGAACAAAUCCAGUGAGGACCAGCCAAUGGGAAACUGGCAGGUGAAGAGACAAAUUGGGAAUCGAGCGACCAUCACCUACAAGUUCCCCCCAAAGUUCAUCCUCCGGUCCGGCCUCUCCGUCACGAUCUGGGCGUCUGACGCAGGGACCACUCAUAACCCCCCGAGUGACCUGGUCUGGAAGCAGCAGAGAAGCUGGGGUACAGGCGACAAUAUCAGAACAAGCCUGCUCAAUAGCAACAACGAGGUGAGGGAUUCUCCCCCCGAAUUCCCAAACCCCACCCUGGGGCGGCUCAAUGUGACCUUGA